AAAAAAGUGAAAGGUCUGGGUAAAGAAAUCACCCUCCUCAUGCAGACCCUCAACACACUGAGCACCCCCGAGGAAAAGCUUGGAGGCCUUUGCACGACAUACGCCGAAUUGUUGGAAGAGAACCGUAACACUCAGAAGCAGAUGAAGGUGCUGCAGAAGAAGCAGAACCAGCUGGUCCAGGAGAAAGACAACCUGAGGAACGAGCACAGCAAGGCCAUCCUGGCCCGCAGCAAGCUGGAAAGCCUCUGCAGGGAGCUGCAAAGACACAACCGGACACUCAAGGAGGAAGGAAUCCAAAGAACGCGGCUGGAGGAGGAAAAGAGGAAGGAGGUGACUUCUCGUUUCCAGGUGACGCUGAACGACAUCCAGACUCAGAUGGAGCAGCACAACGAGAGAAACGCCAGCCUUCGACAAGAGAACGCAGACCUGGCAGAAAAACUUAAGAAACUCUACGAACAGUACAAACUGCGCGAGGAGCACAUCGACAAAGUGGUGAAGCAUAAAAACCUGCAGCAACAGCUGGUGGAUGCAAAGCUGCAUCAGGCACAGGAGCUGCUGAAGGAGUCGGAGGAGCGGCACGAGAGAGAGAAAGACUUUCUGCUAAAGGAAGCCUGGGAGUCUCAAAGGAUGUGUGAGCUAAAGUUCCGGAGAGGAGGGGACCAGCCUGCAUGGGUGUGCCUAGAUGAGGAGGCACACCUGACUCCAAUCAGGCCCAGUAUUUAA